CGCGCGGCGCUCGGCUUGCCCGUUCGCUCCCUGAGCUCGGCGGCGGCUUCCUGUCAGCCGCCGUCACGUGACCGAGGCCCACGGCGGCGGCGGGGAAGGGGGCGUCGGUGAGGCUGAGGCGGCCGCCGGCGGAGCAGCGGAGUUUCCCCGCCAUUCUCCAGCAUGGCCUCCUCUUCCUCAACACCUCGGUGCAACUCAAACUCUUUGGAAAGUGCCUCCAUUAAAAAACCCGUGAAAGACAGAACUAACUGGGAACACAGUGAAGAAAUUCCUCGUCUGCCAGGGGAAACUAGAGUCACAGACAAGGAAGUCAUUUACAUGUGUCCCUUCAACGGUCCUGUUAAAGGGAGAGUCUGCAUCACAAACUACAGACUCUAUUUGAGAAGCGUGGAAUCGGAUCCAAUAGUGGUAUUAGACGUGCCUUUGGGGGUUAUUUCAAGGAUUGAGAAAAUGGGGGGCGCUUCGAGCAGAGGAGAGAAUUCGUACGGAUUAGAUAUUACCUGUAAGGAUAUGAGGAAUUUACGCUUUGCUUUGAAACAAGAAGGUCACAGCAGAAGAGAUAUAUUCGAGCUCCUGACAAAAUACGCUUUUCCACAGUCGCAUAACUUGCCUUUCUUUGCUUUCCUGAAUGAAGAGAAGUUUGCUGAAAGUGGCUGGCUGGUUUACAAUCCUAUGGUUGAAUACAGAAGACAUAGUUUGCCUAAUCUCCAGUGGAGGGUCACCUUUCUCAACGAACACUACGCACUCUGUGACACGUACCCAUCGCUCCUGGUGGUGCCAUAUAACGCCACAGACGAGGAUCUCAAGAAGGUCUCCGCUUUUCGAUCCCGGUGUCGAAUACCGGUGCUGUCCUGGAUCCAUCCGGAGACCCAGGCUGUCAUCACCCGCUCCAGCCAGCCCCUUGUGGGCAUGGGUGGGAAAAGGAACAAAGAUGACGAACGGUAUCUGGAAAUCAUAAGGGAAACCAACGGCCAGCUGUCCAAACUGACCAUCUUCGACGCCAGGCCCAACGUCAAUGCCGUGGCUAAUAAGGCAACUGGUGGUGGAUAUGAGAGUGAGGAUGCCUAUCCCAACGCUGAGCUCAUCUUCCUAGAUAUCCACAACAUUCACGUCAUGCGGGAAUCGUUGAAAAAGCUCAAGGACAUCGUCUACCCUCACGUGGAGGAAUCUCACUGGCUGUCAAGCUUGGAGUCCACCCACUGGCUGGAACAUAUCAAGCUGGUUUUAACGGGCGCCAUCCAGGUGGCCGACAAAGUAUCUUCCGGAAAGAGUUCGGUCUUGGUACAUUGCAGCGAUGGUUGGGACCGCACCGCCCAGCUCACCUCUCUGGCCAUGUUGAUGUUGGACAGCUACUACCGCACCAUUGUGGGUUUUGAAGUCUUGGUGGAAAAGGAGUGGAUAAGUUUUGGGCAUAAGUUUGCCUCGAGAAUUGGUCACGGAGACAAAAACCAUGCGGAUGCUGAUCGGUCCCCCAUCUUCCUCCAGUUUAUUGACUGUGUGUGGCAAAUGUCCAAGCAGUUUCCCACAGCUUUCGAAUUCAAUGAACAAUUUUUGAUUACUAUUCUGGAUCAUUUGUACAGCUGCCGCUUUGGUACAUUUUUGUACAGCUGUGAUUCCAUAAGAGAGAAAGAGAAACUGAGCGAGAAAACCUUGUCUCUGUGGUCCUUGAUCAACAGUGCAAAGUCAAAAUACACCAACCCCUUUUAUACGAAAGAACUGAACCGGGCGCUGUACCCAGUCGCCAGCAUGCGCCACUUGGAGCUUUGGGUUAAUUACUACAUUCGAUGGAAUCCACGGAUUAGGCAGCAGCAGCCCAACCCAGUGGAACAGCGUUACAUGGAACUUCUAGCCCUGCGUGAUGAUUACAUGAAGCGGCUGGAAGAGUUGCAAAUCACAAGCAACCCCAAAUUGUCCAAUUCCUCCUCCUCUUCCUCUUCCUCCUCCUCCUCCUCCUCCUCCUCCUCCCAGAUGAUGUCGCAUGUGCAAACUCACUUUUGAAGGAGAAAGAGAGAAGUGUCACUCUUUUAUCCGAAAACGGUGCUCGUUCAGAUGUGCGGGACACGAAAGGAAAACUACAAUGCCUUAUCUGAAGCUUCUUCCAGAACGCUUGCCCCUGCGGAGAGUAUCUGAAACCAGGGGAGCUUUUUAAAAGUGGAUUUACGUGCCUUUGGAAAUCUUUCGCCGGGGAACAUGCUAUCCCACUAUCCUAAAGCGUUGUUUUGUUCUGUUGUCGUUUACUUUGGAGCAUCCAAAUAUAUUUAGCUAGCGGUUUCAGUACUAAUUGCCAUUUGGGGAAGAAGCGUGAUUUCAUUGUCCAUCUCCAGAGUGUUACCUCGCUGAGGCUUAGCUGCAUCUCCGUCUGGGUCAGCAUGGACCUUCUGAAUCACCCGUCUAUGCGGGUGAUUGGAGAGGAGAGUUUAAAGCUAGACCACUUGCAAGACAGUCUGGCCUCAAGGAACAAUUCUCCGAUCAGAGGCCAUUUUUAAUGCAUAAGGUGACAGCAUUCACAACAGCGAGCAACCAGCAACCGAAAACUUUCCUGAACACGUGUGCCUGUUAAGCGAUAGCCUUAUCUACAGAGCAGAUUAACGUUUAAUUUUUGAAAUGAAGGGAGGUGUUUGUUGCAUGUGUGCGUGUGUGCGUGAGCAUAACUGUGUGACUGACAUUCUAUAAUAGAUUUGUCUUUCCUGAAAUACAUUAAAACAAUUUGCAGAAAGUUUGUGCACUGAAAAAAAAACUUAAAUCAGGGGUAAAACAACUUGGAAUUUUCCUCCUGAUGCUUUGCACUUUGAUUGCUAUUAGCCCCAGAUAAUAUUGCUAGCAGCAACAGAUUGUGUGGAAUAUCUGGAGUCCACUAAGUUGUCCGAUCCCUACAUUUAAAAUUUGCAGGGUGGGGCUUUUUUUUUUUUUCCUUUUUGGUCAUUGUGUUGGUCUUCUGUCAAAUUUUAUGAUUUGUUCCUUUCAGGAAUCUUUUUAAAGCGUAACUUAACUGAGCACUUGUAUAAUCAGCACAACCCCUGUGACUUGAUCUUUUAAUACCUAUUUUGCUUAGGAUAUAAACUUUUAAAGUGGUAUUUGGUCAUUUCAGAACAACUGAAACAUAGGAUUUGUGAGGACAGUUUGUAGCUAACAUGAUUUAUUUUAAAAGUAUUGGGAUGGGGGGGUUACCAUGUGUAAAUUACUUCAUAUGUAAGUUUUGAUCUGCAAAUUAUAAGGCAGAAAUUAUAGGAUAAAUGUGUAAAUUAAGGAUAGGAAGUCUUUUCUGUAAAGUGUAAAUAAUAUGAUUCUAAAGUUUAAAGUCAAACUCCAAAAUAUUAUAAAUUUCUUAGUUUUAGAGGACAUUGGAAUAUUUUAGGAAUAGUAUAUUUUCAGUAUAAGAGUAAAUGGAGCACAUUAAUAGAAUAAAAUUGUAUACUAAGAAAUUUGCACUAUUUCUUCAGGGAUAGACUAAAAUACUUAGUAAUUUCAGCUAGCUAGAGCAUGAAUUAUUUUCCUUUUUCAUGUUUGUCCUCUAAAAUAUCAUUCUUUGGUGAUGCUUUGGUCUUCUACGUUUUAUUGCACCUAUCAAUGGGUACUUUGCUAAAGGGAAGCGAGUUGGAGAAAUGAAAUAUGUAACUUGAAUCACAAAAAACUCAGACGUAACCCAUCAUUCUAUUUUAAACGUUAGAGCAGAAAACCGAAAAGCUACGCAGACUCAAACAUAACUGUCAUUUGCUUGCUUGAAAGUUAUAAGACAUCUCAUUUUUUCCUUGCUACCCUAAAAUUUUGUGUUGGUGGUAAAUCUACAAGAAAUACUUGUUUCCUUUGGACUGGGGUGAAUGAAUUAAGACACGUUUGUUUUUACAAAGUAAAACACUAUAGCUGUCAACCGUUUGGGGGAGGAAAUUAAACUAAAGGGGUUUAAAAUGCCUUGCCUUUUUCAUUACUUGCAUUUCACCAAGGCAUUGCUGGGUCUUGAUUUCUAGAGAAUUUAAUGUUGUUUGGGGGAAAAAUGUAACUUGGUGAAAAUGCUCAUUUAAAAAAAAAAGACUGGCUUAAUUCAUAUGAAAUAAAAAUCAAAUCACUUA